AUGGACGAAAAGCUGCCGCUCUACGCCAAACUCGAUGAGGACUUUGAGUUGUGGCGCAUAUUUCAGAGCGUGCAGCCCAUAUUCUUGCAGGAUCUGGACUGGAAUUAUGAUCCCAAAUCCUCGGAUAAGAACAAGGCUGCAAGCGACGGGCUUGCUUUCGAACCCUUCCAUGACUACUUUAGGAGAGAUGUGAAGGAUCUUCCUGGUCUAUGUCCAAGCAUAAGGCUCUCUAGAGACCAGCUCUCGCUCUGCCAGCGAUGGCUUAAAAGGCUCCUUGAUUCCUUGGAAGUGUUUGUCGCCGCAGGCGUUGUGAAGGCGGCCGCCGCACGUGAGCCCCAACGCCAAAGGUGGAUCGAUAUCCCCAACUGGAAGCAAUUGAUGGAGCUCACAGGCCGUCUAUUCACCGGGGCGACGGUUGAAGCGGGAAGGAGGCCUGAAGGCAACGUUGCCCAGCUACCGCCCGCAGAAGCGACGCUUGAAUCUUCCCCUGCCAGCCCCGGCAUAACUCCCAAAUAUCACAAACUACAGGCUCUUGGCCAGCUCUUCUCACAGCAGCCUGAAAAGGCGCGGCAAUGGUUGAACGUGAGACAACCUCUCAAACGGUUCGUUGAAGCUAGGCUAGCCAUUUUGGCGGUACGCCAAGGGUUCCGAAAUUUGGAACCGCCUAAUAUCAAGCUGGAUAUCUCGGGAACUACCGAGGCCAAGUGGGAUAACGUAAAAUCCCAAACGGCAUCAGCUUCGCUCUAUGACUUUGUGCAGUACAGUACAUCAGUUUGCAGAUCUCAUCAGGCUAAGUUGCAGCUCCAUGGUACUUUGUUGGAUAGCUGUGACGAAACUGUCGAGCGAGACAUCUUCUUGUCCCCGUGUUUGGGAAACGGCCGCCCAAGGACAGCUGGGUGGCACCACAGCCGUUUCACUUGGUUCGAUGAGCAAAUGGCUGAUCGUAAAGACGACUCCUGUGUGAAGGAUAUACCUCCUCAGAGCUACAGCGCAUGUACUGAUGACGGUGUGCCAACGGAGCCAAGAAUGAUUACGAAUCUUUGCAAGCAUUUUAGCCAAGAUGAUGCCCCUUCGAUGUGGAAUAUAGACUUUGACGUCAACGGCCUCUACUCUUCCACGCUUCCGCAAAAACCCCCAACUGCUGGGUGUGCUCCAACUAUGCCGCUUGUGGCAUUGAUCUCUGAAAAAAUACUCAAGGGAGGUGAUAAUAUCUCAGACAUACACAAGGCGGCUUUGGCUUUAUCGUUGGGCCGUUGCUUGCUUCAUCUGCUCCACACCGGUUGGGCCCAGGAGGUUUGGACCGCCGAGGAUAUCAACUUCUUAUGCCAGCAAACAGACGCGGGGAAAAGAAUAUACGAUAUUCAUCACCCCUAUGUCACUUGUAACUUCUCUGGAGAUUCUGGUUUGUCUGACUCCGAUGCGUCUGAUUCUGGUUUGGGGUCCAAUACGCCGACUUCACCUGGGCUCACCAUGACCCAAUCUCAGCGCACUCUCUGGUCCUUCGCGAAGCUUCUUCUCAACAUCCAGACGGGCAGCAUGACGGAGAUCAACCUCGACGACAACGAAGAAAAGAUGAAGAAGAGGAUCUGGUUAGAGGUCAAUAUGCUCCAGUGGGGUGGCCGAGUCACAGAAGUCAAGAGCUUCAUGCAGGCUGUUCUUGGAUGCGUCGACUUUACUAAAAGCCUAAAAAGAUAUCAACGAGGAGCUGGCAACCCAACCGAGAGCAACUCGGGUGACCAAAAUGACAUGCGCCGAAUCUUUUACACAGAAGUGAUCUGGCAUCUGGAAAUGCACCUGGCUUUUCACUCUGGCGGGUCAGAGAAUAUCGCUAGUAUCGAUAUACCCCUUCGUGCCACGAAACUCCCAAGAAGGAACGUUAAUCAGGUCACGAAUGACUUUGGUAAGGCUUCUACUUCUUCUGUGAAGUGUUCAUUCAGUAAUAACUCGGAAGACUUUCUUCGCCGCUUUGCACAGUUUCAUAGGCGCUUCAUUGUCCCCAAGAUGACAAAGGAAAAUAGAGGCUCUCGAGAGCGAAUCAGGAUAGCACUGUUGGACACUGGGCUCUCUGACACCGGUUCCGAUCUCCAAUCCUGCAUCAAAGAAGUGAUAGAAUACCGUAGAUCACAAGGUUUUACGGAAUACCCCAAGGCCAGACCAAAGGACAAAGAGAACCCGAGGUACCCCAUCAGAGAGCAAAAGUCGUUCGUUGAAGGGGACAGGUCAUGCAUCGACACUAGCAGCUGCGGACAUGGCACACAGCUUGCGUGUCUCUUGCUUAAAUUAGCGCCUGAUGCGGAUUUGUACAUUGCUAGGAUCUCACCAGACAUGGAGUUUGAGGUGACUCCAGGGGUGGUAAAGGCUAUGAAAUGGGCAGUGGGCGAGAAGGUAAAGGCCGACAUCAUAGCCAUGUCAUUUGGCGUGAAAAGCGUCAGCGAUCGGAUUGAUAAAGGCCUCAGAAUCUUCGAGGAAGCAGUUGGUAUCUCGGGCCAUACACCGCUGGUGUUUGCUUCGGCAUCCAACAGCGGACUGACGACCAAGAGCCGAUCCCACCCGGCGAGUGACAGCAGAGUGAUAUGCGCCUACGCUCUCGAUGGAGUCGGGAAUGACUCGAGCGGCCUCAACCCCCCUCUUGCGUCGGAUGCCCCAAACUUUGGCACCUUUGGCCACGGGAUCAAGGUGAAGUGGAAGAACGAGGAAACUUAUACGUCUGGGACGUCGUACGCAACUCCUGUCCUAGCGGCCAUCACGGCUAGCUACCUGGCUUGGUUGACUCACUACGAAAACCAAGAAAACAAACUGAACCCGAAGCAUGAAUAUUUGUGGCGGAAAAGUUAUGUCGAGCGGGUUUUCAAGGCGUUCAUGAACUAUAAGAAGACGCCCGAAGACAAGAUGAUGUUCAUCCACCCUGAGAAUGAAGACGGGUUUUCCUUUGGGAACCAUGAUGUGAAAGGGAAUGCACAACAGGCAUUGGACCCGGAAGUAAUAGAGGACGAUGCGAAGACCGAUGCCCGCAUACUGAUGGAACUGAACCAUUGGCUGGAUGUCAUCACUUCAUAG